CACCGUUAAGAACCACCGUUAAGAACCACCGCCGACUCCUCGCCGUCCCACCGCAGGCGAUCCCGCCGAGGCCACAAGCCACCGCGCACCGACGCAGCCACUUCCGCCGGCACUACGGCAGCUGCGGCAGGACAAGCCGCCCAGAGCCAAUGGCACGGCGCGGCCGGCGGAAGGGUGGUGGAACGGUGCCGUGAGAGGAUCGGGGGGGCCUUGCCGCUGGCUUUUCCCGCGCAUGUGCCGCGCGCGUGCCCGAGGCCAUGGCCGCUGCAGGCUUCGGCGGUGCUGCGGCCGUGGGGAGGGUGCGAGUUUUGAGGGGGGUCUGCCGCUCGGUCCUGCGGGCCGGAUGGGGUGGCGGAUGGCGACGGCUCUGUGCAUUGUCAGGGGGAUCGGCGGCCGCCGCUUCUUCUCCGGCAUCGUCGGGUACGAGUACACUGAACCUCUUCGACCGUCGGCUGAAGCGGAAGCAGAAGAACUGGGCGGCGCUGCAGGCCGAGCCCGCCAAAUGCGACUACCUGCGGGAGGAGGUCGGCGGCAGGAUAGCAGACAGGGUGUUUGACAUCACCAGAACAUUUCCUCUUGCUUUGGAUGUUGGCUCUGGAAGAGGUUACAUAGCUCAGCAUUUAACCAAGGAAACAGUUGAAAAACUUAUUCAAGUUGAUAUUGCUGAGAAUGCUUUAAAAAAUGCGGUGGAAUCUGAAAUCCCUACAGUUAGUGUUGUAGCUGAUGAGGAAUUCCUUCCUUUUAAAGAAGAUACGUUUGAUCUUGUUGUUAGCAGCUUAAGUUUACAUUGGGUGAAUGACCUUCCUAAAGCUUUUAGAGAGAUUCACCAAGUUCUUAAGCCAGAUGGAGUAUUCAUUGGUGCAAUGUUUGGGGGAGACACUCUCUAUGAGCUUCGCUGCUCUUUACAACUAGCCGAAUUAGAGAGAGAAGGGGGCUUUUCUCCUCAUGUAUCACCCUUCACUGCUGUCUCUGAUUUGGGACAUCUGCUAUCAAGAGCUGGCUUUAACACCUUGACUGUGGAUACUGAUGAAAUUCAGGUCAACUACCCGGGGUUGUUUGAGGUUAUGGAAGACUUGCAAGGUAUGGGGGAGAGUAAUUGCUCUUGGAAUAGAAAACCUCUGCUACACAGGGAGACAAUGCUGGCAGCUGCUGCAAUAUACCAAGAAAUGUAUGGAAAUAGUGAUGGCUCAGUACCUGCCACAUUUCAGAUCUAUUACAUGAUUGGCUGGAAAUUCCAUGAAUCACAGGCAAGACCAGCCCAAAGAGGUUCUGCAACAGUUUCACUUGGAGAUCUGGCAAAAAUAGAUGCACUUCUUUCCAGAGGGAAAAAAUAGUUCUUCCUCAGAAAUAAUAGUUGUUCUGGAGCUUGUAUACGACUUCUCAUUGAAGGUGGUCUUUUGUGAUGACAUUUUGAAAUGGUGAUAAUCUGUGCGCACCGGUUUUUUUUAAGGCUUUUUACUGCCUAUGCUACAUCAUCUGCUGUAUAAAAUAACAUUCAGGUUUUGUUUCUACAGAAACAGUUUAGCAGUACUCCAAGUCAAUGCAACUUUUGAUUAAAUCACUAUUCAAAAGUG